AUGCGUCUGUCUACUCUUGCUACGGUCGCCGCCGCCACCACCGUCUCGGCGGCGCCGAGAUACAUCAUGUACUUCGAUCAAUGGCACAAGGCGACGCUGCCCAGCAAGGACGUCACCGCCGGUGUCAACUAUGUCAUCACGGCGUUCGCGCAGUCGACAAUCUUCAACUCGGGAACAUGGUACAGUCCCUUCAUGCCCCUUGACCAGGUCCGCGCCCUCUUCGACGAGGGAACCAAGGUCUGCAUGGCCAUCGGCGGCUGGGGGGACACUGCGGGUUUCAGCACCGGCUGCGCUACCGAGACCACUCGCAAGACAUAUGCCCAGAACGUAGCCACCACUCUUAAGAACCUAGGCUACGACUGCGUCGACGUCGAUUGGGAGUACCCCGGUGGCAAUGGCCAGGACUAUAAGCAAAUCCCCAACGACCAGAAGAAGGGCGAGAUCGAGGCGUAUGCGCUCCUCUUGGCUGAGAUCAAGGCCGCCAUCGGCGACAAGGAGCUGUCCAUUGCUAUUCCUGGCAAGAAGAUUGACAUGAUUGCGUUUACCAAGGAGCAAGUGCCCAAGAUUGACAAGGCUGUCGACUUUAUCAAUGUCAUGACCUACGAUAUCAUGAACCGCCGUGACGGCGUUACCAACCAUCACACGUCCGUCGAGGACUCCAAGGCCACCAUCGACACGUACAUCGGCCUGGGAAUGACGCCCAGUAAGAUGAACCUCGGCUUCGCCUUCUACGCCAAGUGGUUCACCACGAGCGGGCAGUGCACCACGCCCACGGGCUGCCAAACCGUGACGCUGGAGAACCCGGACGGCAGCGACCCGGGCAAGUCGGGCGCCAUGACGUUUGAGCGGGAGAACUUCAACGAAGAGUUCACCCGAGUGCUGCAGAACGGCAAGGCCGACGAGUCCAAGGGUGGCCAGUGGUACUGGGACUCGGCCACCAGCAAGUACUGGACCUGGGACACGCCCGAGUUCAUCGCCAAAAAGUUCAGCGACAUUGCCAAGGCCAAGGGCCUCGGCGGCGUCUUUGCGUGGAGCCUGGCUCAGGACAGCCACGACUGGAGUCACUUCAAGGCCAUGCAGGCAGGCGUCAAGGGCUUGUAG